UGGGUCUCUAGCCGCCGUUGCCAGCCUUUCUCCCCUUUUGCGCUCGACAAAUUACACACUUUGCGGCAUUUUGCGCUUUUAACAAUUUUAUUGUUAUCGAUCGGUGGUCACCAGGCUGCCAAUUACCAAGUGCUGGAGCAGACAAAUUCUAAUUGUGCCGAUGGAAUUCAGAACCUGCAUUGUGAUUCGAUGCACACCGUUCUAAUUCUUAGUGAUGCAUAUGAAUAUGUUUGUUCGUGUAUAUACAAAGUACAUAGAAACAACCACAUGUGAUUAAUUAUGUGGGCUACGAAGUACUGGCCUUGGCUAUAUAUACAUAUGUCUGGAAGUUGACUACUCAUUUACUUUUUCACUUACUCGUAGACUUGCAUACUUACAUAAAUCGGUGUCAGACGAUACACGUGUUGAAAGGGAUUAAUGUGUGGUCAUCGAAGGUUUGGCAAGUACAUGUUAAGUCAAUAGUUUGAAGCGUGGUGGUGUUUGCAACAUUAAUGUCAAAUGGCUGGCCAGGAUGCUGUGCUGCGCAAGUUGUCGUCGAUCACUUCGCUGAAAGUCAUCUACCGAGGACAGGAGAAGGACUUCCUGGCCCUGUUGAAAAUCAGAUUCGUCACCUUCACAAUGCGCCAUGAAAUUUUUGGCACACGCAAUAGGAAUGACAAAAAGUCGAUACCAGAAUGUUCCCCUUUGAAGAGCCCCGCACUGAAUGCCGUCACUAAAAUAAUGGGAAAGGUGGGGUGGGGGAGGAAUGGAUUCGUUGGUGCGUGUGACUUCAAAAAUCCUAAAAACGUGUCGGACAGGAUGUUGAGUGCAACUAUCUCGCUCCGUGGCACGGGAAACGGCGGAGCCGUUGGCUCCCGUGGACUGCAAAGUGAAAGAGACAGCCGGAGCAACUCUGUCAAAAUGGCUGGCCGAUGCUUUCGCCGUUGCUCUUGCCAGUGUUUUUUCGCAUGAGAGCUCAUUAACGUUUCGCUUGGCUAAGUGCGCGCC